AUGGAUGGUACAGAACCUCUGAAUGCCAGUGUAAAUUCUUCCUACAUCCCUGUCGUUGCCACUUCCAUGUCUGAUGAAGAGAACACUGAAGAUCUGUCCAAGGAUGAGGACAGGUCUCCUCUGCUCCCCUGCGAACCCCACCCUGGAGCGCUGGCGGCACGGCAGUGCCCUGAGGACUCCUACUGCAUGGUUUACAUCAUCUUCUUCCUGCUGGGCAUCGGCUCUCUGCUCCCCUGGAACUUCUUCAUCACAGCUAAACAUUACUGGCUCUACAAACUGAGUAACAGCUCCAAUCCUGAGGGACAUGAAGAGCCACAUUCUGACCUCAGUGACUAUUUUGAAAGCUACAUCUCUAUAGCUUCUACUGUGCCCUCUGUGGUGUGCUUGGUGCUGAGUUACCUGCUUGUUAACAGAUUUUCUUCUACAGCGCGGAUCCUCUCCUCUCUGUUUGUGAUCCUGAUUGUCUUUAUAGUCACCACGGUGAUGGUGAAGGUGGAUGUUUCUAACUGUCAGACCCAGUUCUUUGCGGGGACGUUGGUGAGCGUCGCCUUUGUCAGCGGGGCGUCCAAUGUCUUCUCUGGGAGUGUUUUUGGCAUCAGUGGACACUUCCCAAUGAGGAUAUCCCAAGCUCUAAUCUCAGGCCAAGCCAUGGGGGGGACUCUCAGCGCCGUGGCCUCGGUGGUGGACCUGGCCGCAGCCAACAGUGUGACCGACAGCGCCCUGGCUUACUUCCUCACCGCUGACAUCUUCAUUCUGCUCUGCAUCAUUUUAUACCUGCUGCUACCCAGAUUUGCCUACGCACAGUACUACAUGAGGGCAACACACAGUGGUACUCCAGGGCUGGGGGAGGGAACUCGGCCGCGAAGGGGGGAGGUGGGCAGUAACAGCAGCUCUGACAACCCCCUGGUAUCUGUGCCCCCCCUUAAGCCCAUUCUGAGUAAGACUUGGGUAUUGGGCUUCUGUGUCUUCUACGUCUUCUUCAUCUCAAUCGCGAUCUUCCCAGCCAUCUCGUCCGGAAUCCAGUCCAUGCAGAAGGACUCAGGCAGUCCCUGGACCGACACCUAUUUUGUCCCACUGACGAGUUUCUUCCUCUAUAAUGUGGCAGACUUCUGCGGCCGACAGAUCACUGCCUGGCUCCAGGUCCCGGGACCCACCAGUAAAGUCCUCCCCAUACUGGUUCUGUGCCGGACCAUCCUGGUGCCACUUUUCGUGUUCUGUAACUACCAGCCCCGGUACCACGUGCACAGAGUGUUUUUCACGCACGAUCUUUUCCCUGUGAUCUUCGUCUCACUACUGGGCUUCUCUAACGGUUACCUGGGCACGCUGCCCAUGAUUUACGGACCCAAGGUGGUACCAAAGGACCUGGCCGAGCCCGCUGGCGUACUCAUGUCCUUCUUUUUGACAUUAGGACUGGCCGUCGGUUCUGCUUUCUCAGUGCUGUUGGUCCACGCCAUCUAA